AAUAACCAAGACCCCCUGAAAGGAAACAAAGUCCUAUCCAAAGCCUUUCAACCAUGGUAGCCUCCCUAAAAUCCUGCCUUCUAGCUCUCAAUUCCACUGGCAUGUCCUCAAGGCAAGUUGGCACAAACCAAUCAGGAACGUGCUCGCUCUUAAUUAAAGCCAUGCAACACCAUGCGCUAAGAAGGAGGAAGCAAAUAGCGAGGUCGACUAAGAGGAUUGGUGGUGGCACUGUUGCACCGACAAGGCCGCAGAUGGUAUCGAGGAAGAAAUGGGCCCUUCUAGAAGGUUCUAGAAAGCCGAGGAGCCACAUCGAGAGGAGGAUGAAGAAGCUUCGGCGUCUCCUGCCGAAUGGGGAGUCCGUGGGGCUCGAAGGGCUCUUUGGUGAGGCAGCAGAUUACAUCAUGAGCCUACAGAUGCAAGUGAAGGUGAUGCAGAUCAUGGUUAGUGUGCUGUCACCAAUGGAUUCUGAUGAUUAAUCCUGCUCUGAAACACUAGAGGCCAGGACAGAGAAUUAUUACUC